AUUAUGUAGCAGAUGUGUAGCAAAUGUGUAGAUCCCGUGCAGUUCUUUUAACAGCUGGCGCAAGAAAAUAACUAUAAAUUGCAGUGGAAAUUGUAGACAAAAUGAUAGAAAUAACUUGCAACGAUCGACUGGGCAAGAAGGUGCGCGUCAAAUGCAAUCCGGACGACACUGUUGGAGACUUGAAGAAACUUAUUGCGGCACAGACGGGCACAAAGCACGAGAAGAUUGUCCUGAAGAAGUGGUACACAAUCUACAAGGAUCCCAUCCGCCUAUCUGAUUAUGAAAUCCAUGACGGCAUGAACUUGGAACUUUACUACCAAUAAAUAUGCAUUAGUGAUGCCUUAACCUUAAGCAUCGCGCGGGUGUCCCUUUUUAUAGCUUCUAUAGAUAAAUAAAAAAAUUUUUUAAAUACA